AUGGAAUCAAAAGUAAACGCAUACUCAUUUAGCGAGGAAAAGGCGAAGUUACCUUGGUACAAAUAUGUAACAGUGGAACCUGUGAUGUUUUUUUAUAUGCUGGCAUUUAUGAUUACAAGUGUGAUAGAGCAAACUUUCUACGUAUUUAAGGCGUGCACAAUCAACCACGGAUACAGCGAGGAGAUAUGCCACAAUAUUAGCAGCUACAAGGAAAUUAAUAAUGAAGUACAGGUGACAGUUUCAACAUUCCAUCAGUGGAACGGCAUCGCGAGCCACAUAGUCCCAUUGUUACUGGCUUUCUUUAUUGGCUCCUACAGCGACAAGCGUGGACGGAAAGCCAUACUGCUUGCCGGACUAUUGGGAAAACUUUAUUUCUCUAUUGUUAUUACCCUCAAUACUAUAAAAGCAUGGCCUUUAGAGUACGUAAUAUACACAGCGGCAUUCCCUAGUGCCUUAACCGGAGCCGAUUUGUCGAUAUUUGCGGGGUGUUUCGCUUACAUAUCCGACGCCUCCUCGCUAAAAAACAGGACGCUGAGGGUGGGCAUCCUCGAUGUUGUUUACCUCAGCACCAUGCCCACUGGUGUAGCGAUCGGUGAGUACAAUCUACCUUAUGAUUGUGUUUAUGCAGUAAUAUUUCCUUUUAUUUCGUUAGAUUUGCUUAAAUAG